UUGAUGUGAUGUUUUCUUGGUCUCCCAUUCCUUCUUCCAUCUGGUUCCUGUAACAGCAGGGCUCCCAGCCUCCCUCUUUCCUCUGGAGGACCACCCCUCUAGGGUCUCUGAGGAACAAUGGAAGUCUUGAGCUUUCUCCAACUAGAAGUGAAUGGCCUCAUGGUGACGGUGGCCCUGUCAGUGGUCCUCUUGGCCCUCUUGAAAUGGUAUUCCAUGUCAGCAUUUUCAAGACUGGAGAAGUUGGGCAUCAGACAUCCCAAACCUUCUCCUUUUAUUGGAAACCUGAUGUUUUUCCGCCAGGGUUUCUGGGAAAGCCAAAUGGAGCUCAGAAAACUAUACGGACCUCGGUGUGGGUACUAUUUUGGUCGUCGCAUGGUUAUCGUCAUCUCUGAGCCAGACAUGAUCAAGCAGGUGUUGGUUGAGAACUUCAGUAACUUUACCAACAGAAUGGCAUCGGGUUUGGAGUCCCAGCCGGUAGCCAACAGCAUCCUGUUUUUACGUGACAAAAGAUGGGAAGAGGUCAGAAGCGUCCUGACUUCUGCUUUGAGUCCUGAAAAGCUGAAUGAGAUGAUGCCCCUGAUCAGCCAAGCCUGCGACCUGCUCCUGGCUCAUUUACAACGCUAUGCAGAAUCAGGAGAUGCUUGCAACAUCCAGAGGUGCUACUGCUGCUACACCACAGAUGUGGUUGCCAGCAUCGCCUUUGGCACCCAGGUGGACUCCCAAACGGCUCCCGAGGACCCCUUUGUGGAGCACUGUAGGCGUUUCUUUGCAUUCUCCAUCCCCAGACCUAUCCUGGUUUUAAUCUUAUCAUUUCCAUCCAUAAUGGUCCCACUGGCCCGGAUUUUGCCCAAUAAGAACCGAGAUGAACUGAAUGGCUUUUUUAACAAACUCAUUAGGAAUGUGAUUGCCUUGCGGGACCAGCAAGCAGCAGAAGAGAGGCGGAGAGACUUUCUCCAAAUGGUCCUGGAUGCCCGACAUUCUGUCGCCUCUGUGGGCGUGGAGAACUUUGACAUCGUCAGACAAGUCUUUUCCUCCACCAAAUCCACAGCAAAUCCUUCUCAGCGACACCAGCCCAGACCCCUGUCCAAGCCUUUGACUGUGGAUGAGGUCGUGGGCCAGGCCUUCAUCUUCCUCAUCGCUGGCUACGAGAUUGUCACCAACACCCUCUCUUUCGCCACUUACCUCCUGGCCACCAACCCUGACUGCCAAGAGAAGCUUCUGAGAGAGGUGGACCGUUUUAAUGAGAAACAUACGGCCCCGGAGUACUGCAGCCUCCAGGAAGGACUGCCCUACCUGGACAUGGUGAUCAGAGAGACCUUGAGGAUGUACCCCCCAGCUUUCAGGUUCACACGGGAGGCGGUGCAGGACUGUGAGCUGCUGGGGCAGCGCAUCCCCGCGGGCACCGUGAUAGAGACAGCCGUGGGCGCGCUGCACCACGACCCCGAGCACUGGCCGCGCCCCGAGGCCUUCGACCCCGAGAGGUUCACGGCCGAGGCCUGGCGGCGCCGGCGGCCCUUUACGUACCUGCCGUUCGGUGCGGGCCCGCGGAGCUGCCUCGGGGUGCGGCUGGGGCUGCUGGAGGUCAAGCUGACGCUGCUCCACUUGCUGCGCAAGUUCCGGUUCGAAGCCUGCGCGGAGACCCAGGUACCACUGCAGCUAGAAUCCAAAUCUGCCCUGGGUCCAAAAAAUGGCGUCUACAUCAAGAUUGUCCCUCGCUGACACAGUCCAUGUUAUGAGGGCACUCCCUAAUUCAAAGAAAACCUUCAUGUGGAAAUUCAGAUUUUUGGAAAAACAUCACUGAAGCAAUUGAAAGGGUACCUGGCAUGCAAGUAUAAAAGAGGACAUUUACGUAACACUUCCUAAAUGCUUAAUAAAUGGCUGUUGCACUUAACUUUGACUUUACCAAUGGUGUCUGAACCACAGGUCCACCUCUCUCAAUAAGGGAUUGCUGAUAAAUAGGCAAAAAUGUAGUUUUGACAAAACAUAUGAGAAGCUGGUGUUUUGAAGGAAGUCCUGGCCGUGGAUGGAAGGAAUCUAUAUAUAGGGCAGGAGACAAGGACACUCAGGUGAGCUGUCCUGAUGGCACCAGCUCAUGGGCCUUUUCAGCUUCUGGUGCAUUGUGGUGUUUGACUUAAUGACAUCAGAAGCUCAACUUCAAAAGUGGCUCAAAAGCUUUAUCAUGCUUUGAUUUUCCUAGGUAGGGUAAUACCAACUUUAUAAUAAGCUCCAAUGUGUAGAAAAGUGAGAGAGGCUGAAAUGUACUUUCUCUUUUAAAGAGGAUCAUAUCUUUCAAUUUUGAUCAAAGAAUCAAAAUAGGUGAAUUUUAGUACAAGUAAAUAUUGUGUCACUAAGAAGUUCAAAUUCAACAAAGAACUUGCAAACUGAAUCCCAAAUCUGCCACCAGCAGCCAUGUGGCUGUUGGUCUUUCCACGUCCCUCUGCCUCAUUUUCCUCAUCUGUGAAACAGGGAGGCUGACCUAGAUCAAAGACCCCUUCCUCUGUUCAACAUCUGAGCAGCAUUAAGGGGCUGAAUGUCGUAGAGGUAACAGAGCAGGGAUCUGUGAGCACAGACACGGAUGCGAUACCAGAGGCUGACCCACCUUUAGAAAGUUAGGCUUUCAGGAGAGCUGGCAGAACAGGUUUCCACACAUCCACGUCUGUGAAUGUUGCUUUCGCUGUUUGAUCCUCCACCGCUGCAGCCCAGAGCAUCCCAUGCUUCCCCCAUAGCGCUCCCCGGAGCCCCCUUCUCUCUCUCUGGCCUCCCCAGAGGGCAGCCUCAUUCCCCAGCACUGUCCCAGACCUCUGAGAGGUCUGGCCAGCCCAUCGCAUAGCCUCUCCACGCCCUUACCGCUGCCACCUGCUCAUCUCUGUGACCCAGCCCCUCCAAGAUGCCUGGCCCCGGGGCUCAGACUCACUGGAGAAAACUAUACAUUCCUCUUCCUGGUGACCAUCUGCCUCCCCUGACUGCCCCGCCCCUCUCCUCCAAUCCCCACAGAACCUCAUCCUGCAAAAGGGCCCAACUCUUAGCCCCUUGGCUUCCCUCUCCUUCUUGGUCCAGGUGGUCACCAUCUUCAAACACAGCAGUGGGGCUUCCUCAUGUAUUAGACUCGCUGGGCUCCCAGCCAUUCCAGUUUCAACUCACAAUCCUUAGCUCUGCUUAAAUCCCACUGUUCAUGCCCAACACCAACUAUACAGGGCAGGAAAUGGCAGGAAACUGCACUGACAAGGUCCUCCACCAGACCCUUUAGCUGUAACCCAAGUGGGUCUUCAUAACUUUCUUGUCAACUAUACACCCACACACUUGCCCUGGAUCCCACUACCUCUUUGCACACAAGGUUCUGAGAGUUAUGGUCAUUUUGACUUCUCCUCAACACAAUGCCCACGCCCUCCUGCACCCACAGGAACAACUUGCUGCAACCCCACCCCUGGCUACAUAAACCCUGUUCUCCUCUCAAAUUUCCAGUCCAAAUAGUUACUCUUCCUGACUUGCUUUCUCAAAGGUCAACAAAUCCAGGGACUUCUGCAGUCUUCAUAGCUUCCUUGAGUUUUCUGGAGCAUUUGAUCACCUCCCACCUCAGGUUCCUCUUGCCUUUCUUCCAUCCAUGUUCCCAAAUGGACCAUUCCUGCUUCCCACUUCUCAGCUCCCAGCAGCCAGAUGGUUAAAAAGUAUAUGAUCCGGGGAGAUGAACAGACAUUUCUCCAAAGAAGAUAUACGGAUAGCCAAUAGACACAUGGA